AGGCUAGCCUAGAGCGCCCUGGCGUUUCUCACCUGCGCAACACUUUCGGGUUUUGAGCUGGCUGCAUUUAUCAUACUUCUUGCACACACUUAGGGAUGUCAACGGGUGCCCACAAGGAGGUGGUACUUUUUCCAAGUAAGAACCAGGAAACAGAUCUCAGAGCUUCUCCCACACAAAGAUUACAAAAAGCUGUGUGGUCGGGACACAGGCUCGCCUCCAAUGUCUGGCCCACUGCAACCCAAACCCAAAAGUGAUCCAAGUGUACAGCCCAACCGCCAGUUCAGGGCUUCAGAUGCUCUGGAAGAGGAUUCUGUCUGCUGUGUGGAAGAGGAGGAGGAAGAGGAAGCCUUGGUAGCUGAAGACAAGGGUGUAUCUUUGAGACAUCCUAGGGAGCAUGCCCUAGACUGGGACUCUGGCUUUUCAGAGGUGUCAGGCAGUACAUGGCGAGAGGAGGAACUGUCUGUACCCCGGCGCCAAGCAUCCUCAGAACGGCCACCUCAUAGCCAGCGUUUCUCAGUCAGUGACCUCCCCCUGCGUAGCAGGGCAGCUGUAACUGGCAUACCACCUGCCCACCGUCCUCGGCCCAAGUCCACUCCAGAUGCUUGCCUGGAACAUUGGCAGGGAUUGGAAGCAGAGGACUGGACGGCAGCACUGUUGAACAGGGGCCGGAGUCGGCAGCCCCUGGUGCUAGGGGAUAACUGUUUUGCUGAUUUAGUUCACAAUUGGAUGGAGCUGCCUGAGGCAGCCAGUGAGGGGAGUGAUGGUGGUGUACCCCGAGCCCGUGCUCGACCCCCUCAGUUCCUGCUAGGCCUCUCUGAACAGCUACGGCGUCGGCUGGCCAGGGCUCGUCGGGCAGCUAUGGCAGGAAAGCGGCUGUCAUGCCCACCUCGUUCAGAGCCUGACCUGCCUGCGGACAUCUCACGAUUUGCAGCCCUCAUGAACUGUCGCAGCCGCCAACCCAUCAUCUACAGUGAUGUCAGCCACCUCUGAUCCUGCCCUCCAUCCAGGGACAAUAAAGGCCUUUUUCUAGA